AGUAUUCGGUGUUCGUAGUACAGAGAGUACACUACUCUACCAUUUCACGGUUAGCCUUACCACAGUCCGUAAGGUCUGAAAUAAAAAUAAAUUAAAUAGUUUAAUUUAAUUAAAUUUGUUUUAAUCACAGUUAUUAGUGUAAAUCAAUGUUCUUCUGAUCUUUUAAAUAUUAUCUUAUAAUAAUAAUCCUCAUAAUAAUAUAUUGAACGUCAAUCGGUAUAUGGUUGCGUUUAAUACGUAACAGCCAACAGGUGCCUUCACCUAAUUAGUAAUUACGUAUUUACGUCUCCUUAGCUGAAAAACGGAAAAUAAUUAGUAUUGUUAUACCUACAUCAAACCAAUUCGAUAGUUUAAUAGAUACGGUAUGGAUCCCAAUGAAAAACGGCGUUCCAGAGGUCGGGCUCGUGGGCCAUCACAAGGAACUCCUACUAAUCAAUCAGGACAACCACAACAAGUUGGAGGACCUCGACCAGCACAGGCACCACAAUCGCAACCACAACGUCCACAACAAUUUCAAGGAUCUCGACCAGCACAGGCACCACAAUCGCAACCACAACGUCCACAACAAUUUCAAGGACCUCGACCAGCACAGGCACCACAAUCGCAACCACAACGUCCACAACAAUUUCAAGGACCUCGAUCAGCACAGGCACCACAAUCGCAACCACAACGUCCACAACAAUUUCAAGGACCUCGACCAGCACAGGCACCACAAUCGCAACCACAACGUCCACAACAAUUUCAAGGACCUCGAGCAGCACAUGCAUCAUCAUCGCAACCACAACGUCAACAACAAUCUCGUGGACCUCGACCAGCAUAUGCAUCAUCAUCGCAAUCGCAAGUUGAACAAGUAACGGGUAGAAUGAAAAACAUGACAACAGGGUCAGGUGUACCAGAAUUUGUUAAGUUAAAAACAAAUUAUUUUCCAAUAACAUCUUACACAAAUUGGACCUUGUAUCAGUAUCAAGUUGAAUUUCAACCAGACUGUGAAGUGAAACGCAUUAAUAGCGGGCUAUUGGGGGUACACCAAGAAGUUUUAGGAUCAUACAUUUUUGAUGGACAAAUGUUGUAUAGUAGCACAAAAUAUCAAACAAAUCCUAAUGUGCUGUCAUCAACCCGAUUUGAUAACCAAAUAAUAUCAAUUAAAAUAAGAUUUACUAAAGUUGUUGAUAAGGAAAGUAAUACUAUGAUCCAAUUGUUAAAUAUAUUGUUACGAAAAUGCAUCAGAAGCUUAAGCCUACAACAAGUUGGAAGACAUUACUAUGACGAAAAAAGAAAAGUUGAUUUUCCUAAAUACAAUUUAGAACUUUGGCCCGGUUAUGAAACAACUAUUGGAGAAUUUGAUGGUGGUCUAUUAUUGCGAUCUGAAAUUUCAACCAAAAUUAUGAGGACAGAUACUGUCUACGAUUAUUUGGUAAAAUGUGGACAAGACAGAGACAGAAGUCCCAAUUGGAUGGAGGCCUUUAAAAAAGUUGUCCUAGGAAGUGUGGUUCUAACUAGAUACAAUAAUCGGACCUACAAAAUUCAUGAAAUAAAAGAAGACAUGAGAAUAACUUCAGAAUUUUGUAAAAAAGAUGGAUCAAGAAUAACAUAUGAAAACUAUUAUAAAGAAAAAUAUCAAAUAAUGAACCUCAACAGAACUCAGCCAAUGUUAUUAUCGUUAAACAAUAAAGCUAAAGACGAAGAAAAUAAGCUUGUGUACUUAGUUCCUCAAUUAUGUCAUUUUACUGGAAUAAAUGAUAGCUUAAGGAAAGAUUUUUAUGUCAUGAAAGAUAUCGCAUAUCAUACAAAACUGAAUCCCACUGCAAGAGUUAGUAAAUAUAAUGAUUUUAUAGAACGGGUUCUUAAUACAUCCGAGUCUAAAGAAUUAUUAAACAAAUGGAAUUUAACAUUGAGUGAUAAACUCGUUCAACUUAAUGGUCGUAUAUUAAGACAAGAAAUGAUAAAAGGAAAUCAAAGUCAAUGUUCAUAUAACUAUGAUGCUGAUUGGUCAAAAGAAAUACAAAAUUUACCCAUGUAUAGAACUGUUAUUUUAAAAAAAUGGUUAGUAAUAUUUCCAUCCGGCAAUAAGUCUGCAGUUGAAGAAUUUAUCUCUACUUUACGUAAUAUAGCAAAGAAAUUGAAUUUUGAUUUGCCACAGCCAAUAAUAGAUGAAUUUAAUUUUAAUGCUAAUCUAGAAUCACUCAAAGCAAAAUUGGAGACCAUACUAAAUACAGAGAAUCCAUCAUUUAUUUUAUGUAUCAUUCCACGUGCACGUGAAGAUGUUUACUGUACCAUAAAAAAAAAACUGUGUAAUGAAAGAGGAGUAUUAUCACAAGUUGUGUUAUUGAAAAAUGUAAUGAACAGAAAUAUGUCGGUGUGCACCAAAAUUGUCAUACAAAUUAAUUCUAAACUAAAUGGAGCCCCGUGGCGAGUCGAUAUCCCUGGACCUGUAAAUUCAAUGAUGAUAAUUGGAUAUGACGUCUGUCACGAUACGGUAAAUAAAAGUAAAUCUUAUGGCGCAUUCAUAGCCACAAUGGACACAUGUUUCACUUCUUUCUUCAGCUGUGUUCAACAACACACUAGUGGACAGGAACUUUCAACCUUUUUUUCAGUUAAUACUAUAAAGGCUUUAAACAAAUUUAAAAUUAAAAAUAAUAAACUUCCCGAUAUUAUCAUUAUAUACAGAGAUGGUGUAGGAGAUGGGCAGAUAGAAUAUGUCCAGAAAACUGAAGUUGAACAGGUUAAGGAAGCUUGUAAACAAAUCUACAAAGAUCAAAAAGUUGGCUUGGCAUUUAUUAUAGUUAAAAAACGUAUCAACACAAAAUUUUUUAAAUUUAAAGAUACAAAACAUGAAAAUCCACAACCUGGAACAGUUGUUGAUUCUACAGUCACUGACCCGAGUGACCCGAGUAACCCGACACUAUACGAUUUCUAUCUGGUCUCUCAACAUGCAAAACAGGGUACAGUCACGCCAACUCACUAUAAGGUCAUUUUUAAUAGUCUAAGUCUAAGUGAAGCUAUGAAACUUUCACCGAUACAUAUACAAAAGAUUACCUAUAAGUUAACACACUUGUACUACAAUUGGUCGGGCACAAUAAGAGUUCCUGCUCCAUGCCAUCUGGCACACAGAUUGGCAUUUAUGGCUGCAAAGACACUCAGGAGUCCUGUUAAUCCUGUUUUGGAAGACUUUCUAUUUUAUUUAUAGAUUUUUACUGGUCUCGGGAUAUAGACUUAAAUUUAAUACAUUUUACAUAAGUAUAAAUAUUGUUUUUUCUUAUAAAUCUUUCAGAAUAUUUUUGGAUAAGGUAUAUAUUGUAACAUUUUAGAAUAAAUAAAAUCUUGUAUAGAUUGUAAAAUUAAAUUAAAAUUAUAAAUUAUAAAAUUGUAGUAAAAAGUAGUUUUCAGCUGAAGUUUUACAGCACAUUAAUGAGAAACAAACUGUGUAGG